AUGGAGUCCGAAACGACGAAUCCCGCACGUUUGGCGGGAAGCGCGAAGGGCAAAUUUUCCGUGAUACUGGUACUGCGGACGAUGUUCCACGGGUUCAACUGUGUGUUAUUUUCCGUGGUGGGAAUGUGGGGUAUCGUUAUGUGCUACACGAUCGACGCGACACAGGCGAUGGAUCCGAUUUUGAGCGAUCUGAAAUAUUUGGCGCCAUUCUUCCUGACCAACUGGAAUUUCCUUAGUCAUCUUGGACAGAUGAUGCUGAAGUCUUGGGAAUUAUGUGUGCCU